AAGAACCCUAAAUUCUUGAGCGAUGUCUCUUCUUGCGCCGGGCGCCAAUGCGCUCCACUGCUUCUCCUCUUCUUCCAUCUUUGCCAGGGAUUUUGUGACGGUUCCAGUGUGGAUUAGCUGCAAGCGCCAUUGCCGCUUCACGAUCGCUGCUGCGGCGCAGUCCCGGGGUCGGGGUUUUGCGGAUUGGGCCAAGAGUCUGGGCAAUCAGGAGCCCAUCGGUGCGCGGAUUGUGAGAAUGGUGGCCACUGCGACAUCGUCGCCGCUGGCGCAGUACAUUUCUUCUCCAGUUACGGUCUUGCAUUCGCUGGAUCCCCGAGUUAAACAGGCUUGGUUACUUGGCUUGAUCGUUUUAUCUUCGCGAGCACACGCAGUAUUUCGACUAGGCGUGGUCGCCCUCCUCUCCACAGCAGCUGUUUCGUGUCUUCCAAAGAGAGUAUGGCAGGACCAGUUGGGAAGAACAACAUUGCUCUGUGGAUUGCUUUUCGUGAUGGCAGCUUUGACGACAGAUGGUGUCACACCGAUCAUGCAAGUUCGAACACCACCACCGAGUGUGGAUUCAUUGCCUCCGCUGCCUCCAGCUCUGAAUCGCUACUCCUACGUUUUCUUCAAGCUUGGGCCUUUCCAGCUCACGACCAAAGGUGUAGCACUCGCUACCACGGCUGCGUGUUUAUCAUUCACGGUGCUCCAAAGUGCCAGUCUUUGUAUCGCUACGACCACUCCAGAGGAUCUAGCAGCCGGGCUGCGAUGGUUUCUUCGUCCACUUCAAAGAGUCGGCGUUGCUGUGGACGAGAUGAUACUCACUUUGCUACUGUCGCUUAGAUUCACUGGUCUUGUCUUCGACGAGGUGCGAAACAUUGCCUUGGCCGUGGCUUCGCGGGGCGUGCAGUGGAAAUCGUUGAAGCUGCGAGAGACUCUAGAACAUCUUGGGACACUCGUAAGUCGCUUGUUCAAAAAUCUCUUCAUUCAUGCCGAGCAUAUAACCGAGGCUAUGAUAGCUCGAGGUUUCAAAGGCAAUCCCGAAGAACACAAGCUCUACUUCUUGAGCAGGCUCUCUAUUAAGUUAAACGAUGUUCUGGCGCUGGCGGCGCUGGGAUCGGUGCUGCUAGCCGCCGCUGCCUCGGAAAUCUUGCUCUCGUAAAGCUCACUUCAUCAAA